CGAAAAAUAUGUAUGGAGUAAUUUACGACCUGGGAAAGAAGUUUGGUUGCGACUUUGAAGAAGCGAUGGAUUUGUUUAUAUCGGCAAAGAACAAAGGCUUGACCGUUAUUGGUGUAUGUUUUCAUGUUGGUAGUAACUGUCUUACUUUCAACGCAUUUGCUUCGGCAAUCAAAGAAGCUCCGAGGAUAUUUGACAUAGGUCUACAGAUCGGCUUUGAUAUGAAGGUCCUGGACAUUGGAGGUGGAUACCGAGGGAGAGAUGUUGAACGACCGACUAUAGAAGAACAGGUGGAGUCAAAAUAAUUGCUGAAUCAGGACGUUACCUUGU